CAAUUUCAUAUAUGUAUAUUUUAAGAUAUUAAUGAAUUUUUAUUAAAGUGAUGUAUAUACAUAAUAGUAUGUCAAGGCUUAUAAGGAAGUUAGCUCCCUGUGCCAUCCUUUCCCAUUUCUCAUGAGGGAUUUCAUUUCAGCCUUUAUAGUUUUUUCCUAGCACCUUGGUUUCAGAUUUCUAAGUAGUAUGCUUACACAGCUAUUUCUUUAUUCAAUAGGUGAAGAUUUCUGCCUUUUUACUUUUCCCUUCUCCCAUUUUGUUUCGGUUUUUUGUUUGUUUUUUUGGUUAAAUCAGCAUCAUUUGCAUUAUAGUGACCAUAUUUCUAUUCAUUUCUGAACUAGAUGGUUUACUAUGCUUACAUUUCCAUUCUCACAGGACAUCUUGCCUUGGUUUUACACACACAUCGCUAACUUUUCCAAAAUAGUCCCAAGUAAGUUUGUAAAAUUCUUCUUUAAUCUAUCUUCCACAUGGUCAAAGCCCAACAGAGUACUUGUUUCAGUCUAGACUAACUUCUCUCUCAUCUUAGUAUACAGCUGUUUCCUGAGACUUCAUCAUCCUGGGAUUUGUUUUCCUCUCGCGAGUUGGAUUACACAUCUGGACCCCCUGUCUUCGUUAUUAGGUUACUUUCCUGUUAAAGUGGAACACUUCCUUCAGUAACUUCUGGAAAUGAGUGUGUGGGAGCUAACGUGAAAUUACCUGCCUGUAUUUAGCUCCAUACUUCACUUUUGCCGCCAGUUCCUGAGCCUGCCUGAAUUCUGCAGGGUCUGUCACCUCACUCAGCAGUGAUGGUCCUCCGGAGGUGUGCUAAGGCAGGGACAAUGAAUCCUUCUUCCCAGGACACCGGCUCUGGCGGCAUUCCUGAAGAUAGAAAGCUUUAUGUUGUGGAUUCCAUAAAUGACUUAAACAAACUAAACCUCUGUCCUGCCGGAUCGCAGCAUCUGUUCCCUCUAGAGGAGAAAAUCCCGGACAUCGGCACUAACUCAGGAAGUGGAAACCACAGUCUGUUUUUGGUGGGGCUGAUCAUCGUGCUGAUUGUCAGCCUGGCACUGGUUUCCUUCGUGAUAUUUCUGAUAGUUCAAACUGGCAACAAGAUGGAAGAUGUGUCAAGAAGACUAGCAGCUGAGGGAAAGGACAUAGAUGAUCUUAAGAAAAUCAACAGCAUCAUUGUAAAGAGACUCAACCAACUGGACUCUGAGCAGAACUAAAGGAAUGAUCUUCCAAGAGCAACUGCUAACACCUGAGCUUCUCACUGUCCUGGGAGGGUACAGGGUUAAGAACCGACCAAGGGCGUAUCUGCAGGCAACAAAAGGCCAACUUUCCACUACAGGGAUGGGAGCAGCUCCAAGGCAAGGGGGGCUGGGGUCAGCCGCCAGAAGGGGGCUGAUUUUGUGGUAGGGUCCUUCAGCUUUCAUGGGGUUAAAGGUGGCUGGCAUGGAAGAGAACCAACAGGAAACAAGAACGGGAAUUUGGCUCUAUGUACAGCUUCUUUUACAAAAGGAGCUUUGGCACCAGAAUAAGUUCACUGUGGCCAGUAAAUUUCAUGGCACCUCAUGUAACUUUAUGAACUCCCUUGAAAGCCUAAGGAAUUCAUUGAAUUAUUUGUGUUCAAGGGAAUCAGGUGAUAACUCUUUGCAAUAAAAUAGAUUCUGCUCAGGUGAUUACACUUUGACUCAUUUCUCCAGGGACAGGGGGUGGGUGGCCUCCAAGCUAGUUGCCUACUUGUACUUGCUAAUAGUAGUUAUGUGCCUAUGGUAGGGUGGGGUUAAAAGAGAGAGCCCUAUUUAUUCAACUAAUGUUUAUUGAGCUGCUGCUUUGUACAAACCACCAUACUCGGGAGAAGCUUACAUUCAAGUGAGGAACAAAGGAGAUGUAUAGUUAUAUAUAGAUAGAUAAGCUUUUUGACUUUGUUUCUGAUGGGAAAAAAAUCCUUCAGUACCCUGCUGAUUAAUUGUGAGUAAAUCUGAUAGGUUUGUAGCCUUUAUUAA